UCUUCCAAACGACGACCAUCGACUUCUUAGGGUUCAUGUGUUCUUCGAGAUAAUCGACAAUGGAGUUUCGGGAGAGUUAUCUGAGACGAAUCUUCAUGAGAAUCUCUGGAUCGAGAUGUGUUCGUGUCCUUUCGUCUGAGUUUCUUCUCCCCAUAACCGUUACGGCCAGAUGCAUUGAUUGAUUGGCAUUAACGACCUUAAAUCCUUCGACCUACUCCAAGAAAGAUUCCUCAUUCAAUGCAUCUCUCCUCUCUUCUCAACCUAAACAGGCUAUAUAAUGUAUGUGGAAUGCAUGGGUAUCAAUCUCGGAGAUAGACCAUUUUAUCACUCUGAAACGAACCAGGUUGCUCUUGCAGAGGCAGAAACUGAAAGUAGCUUCCAUCUUGAAGGAGCAGAUGGGUUACCUAGAAGAAUGGUCUCUUAUGGAUAGAGAUCAUUCAGUUUCUUUGUUAGGAGCAAUUGAAGCCUUGAAAGCCAGCACGCUUCAUUUUCCAGUUAUUGAAAAAGCUGUGGUUGAUAUUCUAGAUCUCAAGCAUAUUGUUAGUUUGGCUGUUGUGCACGGUAUGGCGUCUUCCAUAUUCUCGCUGAUAUCAAAGGUAGAUGAAAUGAAUUCAGUAAUGGCGGAAAUGAUGCAUAUCACUGCACAAGAAACAGUCUUGCUCAAACAAUGUGAAAGAUUCUUAUCAGUAGCAGCAGCUAUGUAUGUUAAAAUAGUUGCAGAUUGACCGACUGGAAGAAGAAUAGGUUAAGGACUGUAGCAUGAA